CAUGAAAAAGAGAAGAAAUGUAAACCAAUCAGUAUUCGUUUAUUAUAAAGGAGUAAAUAUAUCCGAUCGAUAUCAUUUCAGCUGUGAGUGUUGUGCACACAGGGUAUAAUCAAUAUGAUUGGAACAGUGACAAGAAACGGGCUUGGAGUCCUCGCACUUCUAUCAUGCUGUUUGUGUCAGCACUUCGGAGGUCAACCACAAUAUACCCAAGCACAGCAACAAUACAACCCCCAGUUCAUCCAGAACACCCCACCACCAGCACAAAUCUUAUCCCACAAACAGGGUCAAAACCACGAUGGUAACUUCAAAUACAUCUUCACAUCUGACAAUGGAUUAGCUCAAGGCGAAACCAUCUCACCUGAUGGCUCAAGGAACGGUGCCUACUCCUACACUGACCCCACAGGCAAAAAAAUUUCCGUCAAAUACACCGCUGGUAAAGAAGGCUUCAGGAUCCUCGAAGCAGACCACUUACCAAAGGCCCCACAGCCAAUUGCUCCCCUCCCAGCUCAAGCUGCCCCUAGCUACGCUGGCCAACAGUACAACUUAGGUGGAGCUCAAGAUGAUGGUCAAUACAGGCCUGAAUUGUACGAAAGACCUGCCCAAUACCAACAACAAAGAGCCUACACCGCCCCUGCUCAAUACCAGCAGAGAGCCUACUCAGCACCUGUGCCACAAAGCGUACAAGACAACAGCAUCAACGAGAGGGAUUACAGUGAUGAACCUGGAAAAGCUCACAGUUUCGGAAAUGGAUACGUUUUCGAAUUCUCGGGUUGAAUCUUUAACCCUUGUUUUAGUCUUCUUAUUUCUAGUUUCAUUCUUUUCCUCAGUCUAUUCUUCAACUUUCGAAUCACUUCUUUCAGUGAACAAUUAGACUGAUUCAAAAAGAGAGUAAUCCCGAAAAAUAUGAGAAUGGGAUUAAGUCUGUUGAAUAGAUUCGAAGCUCACGUAUAAAGAAGUGUCAUAAGUCAUUUAUUUUAAAUAUUAUAUAAUAUGUGAUAUUUAUUAUAUAAUGUUGAAUAUUUAAAAAUUGUACAUUGUUUUACAUCAUAUGAAUUUGUGUGUUUUCUUGCGAAUGUUAGAAACGAUGUUAACUCUUCUGUGAAUCUGUUAUACUUUGUUAUUAUUCUGUUUUCUUUCUAUAAAAAAGAUAUUUGUUGCAA